AUGGGUCUUGAUGGGAAUGAUGAUUGGAAUUUGGUCUGGGGAUUUGCAAUAGGGAAGCUUUGGCUUUGGAGGAAUGAAGCAACUUUGGACGCUAAUUUUGCAAAGCCUCCGGAUGCUACUGCUGUGAUCAACCAUAGCUGGCAGAAUUUUACGGCUGUGACUGAACCUGUGAAACAUGCUGUGAAGGAGUCUACGGUUUGCUCUAUUUCUUGGUCUCCUCCACCUGAAGGAUGGUUCAAAUUAAAUGUUGACGGUGCUGUUUCAAAAUCCUCCAAGAAAGCUGGUUGUGGAGGUGUCCUUGAGGCAGAAGCUUCGGCUAUUUGUAAGGGCUUGAAGUUGGCUCUGGAUUUUCGAUUCAAAAAGGUUAUACUUGAAUCUGAUGCAAAGGCUUUGAUUGAUUAUCUAGCUGAGAAUAAUCCCAGCUACUGCUGUAGUCUUUUGUUAAUGCAGAUUCAUAAUUUGCUGAAGUACAACUGGGAGAUCAAGCUGUGUUUUAUUGGAAGGCAGGCUAAUGAAGUUGCUGAUGCGCUAGCCAUACAAGGGAUCUCCUGCCCCGACGCUGGUGCAGGGAAGACGACGAUGAGGACGCUGGCUGGUUCAUUGCCAACACCACCACCUCCACCGAAUGGCUCCGUUCAUAUAUAG